GGGCCGCGCGCCCAGCCUGAGCCCGCCCCGCCGCCGAGCGUCACCGAACCUGCUUGAAAUGCAGCCGGGGAGCCGGGGCGGGCGGCAGCGGUGGUGGUGGCGGAGGCGGCAGCGGCAACCCCGGCGCCGCGACAAGGACUUGGCGGGCUGAGGCGCGGCGGCGGCGCGGGGGUCUCGGGGCGCGGCGGCCGGAGCCCCGGGCCCGUCAUGGGCCGCCCAGAGCGGGGCGCGCUCCGGCCGCUGGCGCUGCUGCUGCUGCUGCUGCUGCUGCUUCAGUUUCAGCAUCUCUCUGCAGCGGAUCCGCUGCCCGGCGGCCAAGGGCUGGUCAAGGAAUGUGAAGAGGACCAGUUUCGGUGUCGGAACGAGCGCUGCAUUCCCUCGGUGUGGAGAUGCGAUGAGGACAACGACUGCUCGGACAACAGCGACGAGGACGACUGCCCCAAGAGGACCUGCGCAGACAGCGAUUUUACCUGUGACAAUGGCCACUGCAUCCCGGAGCGGUGGAAGUGUGACGGAGAGGAGGAGUGUCCAGAUGGAUCUGAUGAAUCGAAGGCCACCUGCUUUCAGUCGGCUGCCUGCUGCACUGGGGGCUGCAGAGCCAGGCCUCCGAGGUGGUGCAUCUGGCCGAAGGCUCUCUCAGUCACCUCGACUUCAGCCAGUGAAGAGUGCCCUGCCGAGAAGCUAAGCUGCGGACCCACCAGCCACAAGUGUGUGCCUGCCUCAUGGCGCUGUGACGGAGAGAAGGACUGUGAGGGCGGAGCGGACGAGGCCGGCUGUCCUACCCUGUGCGCCCCGCACGAGUUCCAGUGCAGCAACCGCUCCUGCCUGGCCUCUGUGUUCGUGUGCGACGGCGACGAUGACUGCGGCGAUGGCAGCGACGAGCGCGGCUGCUCAGACCCGGCCUGCCCGCCCCGCGAGUUCCGCUGUGGAGGAGGCGGCACCUGCAUCCCGGAGCGCUGGGUCUGCGACCGCCAGUUCGACUGCGAGGACCGCUCGGAUGAGGCAGCUGAGCUCUGCGGGCGAGCGGGCCAGGGGACCACGGCCACGCCAGCAGCCUGCGUCCCCACCGCCCAGUUCACCUGCCGCAGCGGCGAGUGCAUACACCUGGGCUGGCGCUGCGACGGCGACCGCGACUGCAAGGACAAGUCUGACGAGGCCGACUGCUCACCAGGACCCUGCCGCGAGAAUGAGUUCCAGUGUGGGGAUGGGACUUGCGUUCUUACAAUCAAACGGUGCGACCAGGAUCGGGACUGCCCGGAUGGGAGUGACGAAGCGGGCUGUCUGCAGGAGUCAACUUGUGAGGGUCCCCGCAGAUUUCAGUGUAAGAGUGGCGAGUGCGUGGACGGCGGGAAAGUGUGUGAUGAUCAGAGGGACUGCCGGGACUGGUCGGAUGAGCCUCAGAAAGUGUGUGGGCUGAACGAGUGUCUGCACAACAAUGGCGGCUGUUCCCACAUCUGCACUGACCUCAAGAUCGGCUUUGAGUGCACAUGUCCAGCAGGCUUCCGGCUCUUAGACCAGAAGACCUGUGGUGACAUCGAUGAAUGCCAGGACCCAGAUGCCUGCAGCCAAAUCUGUGUGAAUUACAAGGGCUACUUUAAGUGUGAAUGCCACCCUGGCUAUGAGAUGGACACGCUGACCAAGAACUGCAAAGCUGUAGCUGGCAAGAGCCCUUCCCUCAUCUUCACGAACCGACACGAGGUGCGGCGGAUAGACCUGGUGAAGCGCGACUACUCCCGCCUCAUCCCCAUGCUCAAGAAUGUCGUGGCACUGGACGUGGAAGUGGCCACCAAUCGGAUUUACUGGUGCGACCUUUCCUACCGCAAGAUCUACAGCGCCCACAUGGACAAGGCCAGUAUCCCGGACGAGCAGGUGGUUCUCAUUGGUGAGCAGCUGCACUCUCCAGAGGGCCUGGCGGUGGACUGGGUCCACAAGCACAUCUACUGGACAGACUCGGGCAAUAAGACCCUCUCCGUGGCCACGACCGAUGGCCGCCGCCGCUGCACUCUGUUCAGCCGUGAACUCAGCGAGCCCCGAGCCAUUGCUGUUGACCCCCUGCGAGGGUUCAUGUACUGGUCUGACUGGGGUUUCCAGGCGAAGAUUGAGAAGGCUGGGCUCAACGGUGCAGACCGGCAAACCCUGGUUUCAGACAAUAUUGAAUGGCCCAACGGAAUCACCCUGGACUUGCUGAGCCAGCGUCUGUACUGGGUGGACUCUAAGCUGCACCAGCUGUCCAGCAUUGACUUCAAUGGAGGCAACAGGAAGAUGCUAAUCUUCUCCACUGACUUCCUGAGUCACCCUUUCGGGGUAGCUGUGUUUGAGGACAAGGUGUUCUGGACGGAUCUGGAGAACGAGGCCAUUUUCAGUGCAAAUCGGCUCAAUGGCCUGGAAAUCUCCAUCCUGGCCGAGAACCUCAACAACCCACACGACAUCGUAAUCUUUCAUGAGCUGAAGCAGCCAAAGGCUGCAGAUGCCUGUGAACUGAGUGCCCAGCCCAACGGCGGCUGUGAAUACCUGUGCCUUCCUGCUCCUCAGAUCUCCAGCCACUCUCCCAAGUACACGUGUGCCUGUCCUGACACGAUGUGGCUGGGCCCAGACAUGAAGAGAUGCUACCGAGCACCUCAGUCUACCUCAACUACAACCUUAGCCUCUGCCGUGACAAGGACAGUACCUGCUACCAUGAGAACCCCUGGGACAACCAUCCACGACCCUACCUACCAGAACCACAGCACAGAGACGCCGAGCCAGACAGCUGCCGACCCUCACUCAGUUAAUGUCCCUAGGGCUCCCAGCACCAGCCCGUCUACCCCGAGUCCUGCAACCAGCAACCACUCCCAGCACUAUGGGAAUGAAGGCAGCCAGAUGGGUUCAACAGUCACCGCUGCUGUCAUUGGGGUCAUUGUGCCCAUAGUGGUAAUAGCCCUGCUGUGUGUGAGUGGGUACCUGAUCUGGAGAAACUGGAAGCGGAAGAACACCAAGAGCAUGAAUUUUGACAACCCAGUGUACAGGAAAACAACAGAAGAGGAAGAGGAAGAUGAACUUCACAUAGGGAGGACGGCUCAGAUUGGCCAUGUCUAUCCCGCAGCAAUCAGCAGCUAUGAUCGCCCACUGUGGGCAGAGCCCUGUCUUGGGGAGACCAGAGACCUGGAAGACCCAGCCCCUGCCCUCAAGGAGCUUUUUGUCUUGCCGGGGGAACCAAGGUCACAGCUGCACCAACUCCCGAAGAACCCUCUUUCCGAGCUGCCUGUCGUCAAGUGCAAGCGAGUGGCAUUAAGUCUUGAAGAUGACGGACUGCCCUGAGGAUGGGCCCACCCACUUCGUGCCUCAUGGACUUCAGUCCUAUGCACUACUCUCUCUGAUGGUGUGUGACUGGAUGAAUGCCAUUUCUAUAUAUGGGUCUGUGUGAGUGUGUGAGUGUGUGUGACUUUUUUUAAAUUUAUGUUGCGAGAAGGUAACCACAAAGUUAUGAUGAACUGCGAACAUCCAAAGGAUGUGAAAGUUUUUAUAUGUAUAAUGUUUUAUACACUUUUUAACUGGUUGCACUACCCGUGAAGAGUUCAUGGGACAGCCACUGCUGAGUGACUAACACGAUGCACAUAACCAAACGGGGCCAAUGGUACAAACUCUGCUCAUCGUCUCAGUACAGUAUUUACAGAGGAUGUUUGAUUUGAGAGCUUUUUUAGGUUCGAGGAGCUUGAUUUUUUUUUUUUUUGUAAAUAAAAUUAUGCUUUGUGGCUAUCCAUCAACAUAAGUAUAAAAAGAAAGAACACCAACUCCCUCCCCACUUAGAUUAUUUAUUAACAUAUUUCAAAAGUAACGUUAGCUCUAUAAAUAAUUUAGAGAAGUGAGAGUAUUUAUUUUUGGUAUGAUUGGCCCACUGCACAGACUCUGUGUUUAGGUGUGUGUGUGUCUGUGUGAGAGAAAAAAGUCUGUAGAGAAGAGGCACGCUUACGACUAUUAUUCAAAUACACAAAAACAGUUAUUUUACCGGUCCACCAGAGGGUGUCUAGUCUUCAGAGACACUUGAGAAACUGCUCAGAAAACAGAUGCCAUGGUUUAUGCAGACAUAGGGCAGGAAAGGUAGAUCGCUACUCCUGAUGCCCUGGAGAGUCGGCAAAAAGCUUUUCCGUUCCUCUUUGUCACUCACGAUGCGCACCUAGGCUUCUGAUCUGCGCACAGCCACUGGACAGCGCUACCAGCCCUCAUGAGCUCAAGACAGCAGAGUCCUUCUUUCAAAACUCAGCUCUUAGUGAGGCCUUGGGUCAGUGUGAGCGCGCUUCCUCUGAAGCUCCUAAGUCUGAGCUUUAAAGCAGCUGUUCUCCACCUCUGUGGGUCAAAAGACCCGUUCCCAGUGGUCGCCUAAGGCCAUCGGAUAACACGGAUAGUUACAUCAUGAUUCAUAACAACAGUAGCAAAGUUACAGUUAUGAAGUAGAAAGGAAAGUAAAUUUAUGGUUGGUGGUCAGGACAACAUGAGGAACUGUAUUAAAGUUUUUGAAGCAUUGGAAGGUGGAAAACCACAGCUCUAGAGCCGAGUGAAUGCAUUUCCAGGGUUCCCAAGUUUCCUGUGAGGACCGGCUCAGGCCCUGAACCUCGGAGUCAUGUGAAUGAGGACAGACUUAGGAGUAGGUUUGGUUGCCUCUAUUUCUCAUCCCCUUGCUUUCCACCAUUUUUCUUAUGUAGGGGAAACAUUUUAAAAUAAUAAACAUGUUUCUUACCACCGUAUGUUCACAUGGAUAAGACUAAGUCCAAAAAGAUGACUAUGUCCAAAUUUAUAUUUUGGGUAAAUACCAUGAGAUAUUAUAGCAUAUUGGGCAUGUGUCCACAUAAGGAUUUGUUUCACUGCUUUAUAAAUAAAAGGAAAAACUCUGGGUAUUUGUAUAGAAUUUUCUUCAUAUGUAACACCUUCGCAUUUUCUGAGCCUUGUGGGUGGGGUGGGAGAAAUGCCACUGUCUGUCUGUCUGUCUGUGGAAUCCUCUAUUGGAAACAUAAUCCCAUAGUCCCAAAAGGAAUUCAGUCCCCACUAGCUUUCUCUUCCAAAGUGUGAUCUCUCCGUGACUCUGCUGCUCUACUGUUCACUCAAGCUGAAUGACCAGGGACAAGUACAACAGGUGUUUGGCUUAAAUGGUGGCAGACUAAUGUCUAAAUUUGACAUAACUGGGAUUCGACAUUUGAGACAUAUGUCUCCGUGUUCCCACACACCGGCAUCCCCUAAACCAGUGAAGCCUGGAGCGGCUCACCUGCUUGACGCCCUUUCAACUUCCAGGCAGACCGUCUGGGGACCUGCCAUCUUGUUCCUAGGAGCUUGCCCUAUGUCACUCAUGUUUUCCUAACUUUUAAGAAAUGGCAGUGUUCCAAGCUUGGCCAUUAUGUCUGACAACUUCUUUUUGGUACACAUGUGUUGAUGGUCUUGAGCAGCUGACCCCUGACCCAUCCCAAACAGUCUCAAGAACAGGUAGCCACGUCCUCUGGAGUGCACCUAUCACUAUUCAUCCAAAAAUGGAAAGGAAAAUCAAUUUGGCCAAAGAAAAAUGUUGGAAGUGAAAUCAUCAAAAUUUACACAAGACAGGCAUGUUUUCCCCCUUUAGUCUGCCUCCAAGGAAACCGGAAUGGUGAUAGUGUAUAGUUUCUGGACUUUUAGUCAGAGCCUAGCCGUCACAACAAGGUUGAAACAUACCAUCUAGGGUUUCCAAAAGAUGAUUAAAUUCAUAUCAGAAAUACGUUUCCUGAAUGUGCUAUAGCUGCAGUCUGAAGGCAACCUACAGUAAACAGAUGGGUCACCUGCUUGACACCCUGGUCACCUCCAGGGACGGCUGGAGAGCGGAAGCACUCUGAGGGGGCAGACUGACUUCCUCCUAUCCUUGGAAACUUUUUGCGCCUCAUUCUGAGAUGUAAUUCAGAUCUUCUGUUGCCUUUUGCCUCUGUCUAUGUAUCCACAGCACUAACAGCCGGAAGAACAAACUACUUAUUGAAAUGAAGGCAAGCCCUCCCUUCUAGAAGACAACUCUGGGCAGCCUGAGCAAGGCCUCAGACCUGCUUCGUCUCCUAAAGCUAUCUGCCAGCAGAUUGAAGGCACUAACAGAAACGACCUUCCUGAAACAAACUACUACUUUGUUUACUCUUGAGAAUGUGUGUGUGUGUGUGCACAGAGAGGGACAGUGUGAGAUGGCUUCUGACGAGGAGUAAGAGUGACACGGAUUUACACUGAUGGCAGCGAAUACUGUGGAGCCCCUCAGCUAUCCUCGUGUCUUAGCAACAUACUCUAAAACUACUCAUUAGCUGCUGUGUGCCAGACUCUGCAAACAUCACAGGUCAAUUCAACAGUUUUCACCCUUUCAGAACUCACAGCAGUACAUGUGGAUACAAAAAGAAAAAUAGAAAGAAAAGUAGAUUUCUCAUAGAUUCCACUUAACUCCCAAGGCACAACAAAUGAGAUGGGCCAUUUUACCUGGAGAGGUGAAAAAAAUUAGGUCUACAUAGAAAUGGCCUGAAGCCAAGUCUUAAAAAUUAAAAAGUAGUGUUAAGACUGCUUCUGUGAGAAGAGACACUGGGCUAAGACUGAGGAGUGAAUCACCAGCAGGACUCUUAAGGAAAACAUGUAGUUCAUUACAUCUGUAAUAAAGAACUUUAGGAGGGUUGGCAAGAAACUGGUUGGAAAGACAAAUUCAACACAAGCACUUUAUAAAUGUCUGAUGUAAGUAAGCAGACAUGUCUGUGGUCGGUUCCUGCGUGUAAGGCAUCAUGGGAAACUCAGCACCUGGCAGGCAUCGUCAGCUUUCUGGAGCCCACAGGGAAAUGACUUUUAUUUGAGUCAGAGAUUUUGAUACGGUUUGUGAAAGCUAGUGGAAGGACUGGGGUUUUCCACAGAAGCGUGCUGUGCUGCCGAGCACCUGUGAGGUGCUGUCACCUGGGAACAGGAUAAAGAUACAGACUCUGGAGAGGGGACCCCAAUCACACUACAGUCGGGUGCUAUUGGGUGGAGGAGAAAACAAUUCUAAUCCCACCACACUCCUGUCCUGCCACACUCCCACCAUUUCACCCAACAUCAGUAAGUCAGCAGUUUCAAAUGUCAUUUCCUUCCCCAUAAAUGCAUGAAGAUAAGGAGUCAGUCUCCAUACACUAUAUUUUUAGGGUAUUUGGGAGUUUCCUGGAUGUGAAGAAUUUAGAAGGUGGAGAAAAUUGUGGCUUCAAUUUUUUUCAGUUAAAUAAAAGCUUCAUUCAGGCCGGGCACCAUGUGCACAGUCUUAAGAAUCAGCAGGAACUGCAUUUGCAAACACGUGUUGUAAAAAAUUAAUUUAAAAAAAACUACCUGUAUAAAUAUAAAUAUAUAUAUAUUUAAAGACAAGGUUUUGAUACUUUUUUUAAAAAAAUAUAAAAACUACUAGAGAAGACUGUACAAACCACAGGCUUUUAAAAUAGCAUUUUGUUCUCUACAAGCUGUUAAUGUGAGGGGAAAGGUACUGGUUUGCAAACUCACACUAUCCAAAUGGAUUUUCUUGUUUGUCACCCUCCAAAUUACCGUAUUUGGUGUAAUAGUAGGGCAUGUAAAUUAUUGGCACAUUAACCAUUUCUGCUCUUGUCAUGUCAUUCUGGGUUCUGUCAGCUCCUGUCCUCAGCAAUCUAGCUUCUUCCAGAGGUCGAGGGGCUGCAGGAAGAGUGCUCCAUUUCACUAGCUGUACUGACAUCAUCCAAAUGUGGACAUUUGUAAAAUCAGUACACUAUUUCUAGAGAGAUUAAAUUCAUUUUUUAAAAUC